GCUGCCGUGCGACGCUGUCGAUAGUUGUACAUCUGUUCGCAUACGUCAUCACACUGCGACACCGGCAGGAUGUCGAUGCGGCGCUGAAUCUGUGUGCGAAUAACUGAGAAUCCUCUGGUUCAUGUAUAAACUUCCAGUAAAUCUAUAAGUAGUGUCAGUGUGUUUGAUAGUCUUUUUUUCCUAAAGUACCUGAUAAGUGUUUACAACAAAAGAAUAAAACUAACUGAAAAUGAGUUAUCGCUAGUAAUAUUUAUCUUUCCGUCUUGUUGUUACCUUACUGAAUGAGUAUUAUAAAUCAUUUAAAUAACAGUGAACACGAUGGCAUCUUGAUCGAUUGCGAGUGGCAGCAUGUGGAGGCUGAACGCAGUCCGCCACAAGGCGCGUGGUCGGAACACCGCCGGGGAAGAGUUCAGGUUAAAGAGGCGAGAGCAAGAAAGAGAGUUCAGGCAGGCACGGAAGGACCAGCAAUUAGUGAGUAAAAGACUCAUUGAAGAAGAUGAGGAGGAAGAUGAAGGAGCCAUGGAUACAGCAGACAGUAAGCUGUGGAAAGACCAGGAAUUGGUGGAAUUAUUGCAAGGAGUCCAGCAUGGUGGAGAAAAACGGGCCAGUAACCUGCGAACGCUGAGGAAAGUCCUGCGAAGCCCUGAGGCUCAGCUCAUCCUCAUCGGGCUGGAGAACAGCAUGCAGGUUUUGGUGGGGCUCCUCAGUGGCUCCAGUGCGCAGUGCCAACUGGAAGCUGCUCACUGCGUGCACCAGCUGUCCAGCUCGACCUGUGCCCGUGUUGGGGCUGCCUGCCUGCCAGCCACGCCCUACCUGAUCACCUACCUGUCGGGACAGAAUGCCAAGUUCACGGAGCUGUGCUUGUACACCUUGGGUAACCUGUGUGCAGGAAACAUGGCAGUGAGGGACAAAGUUCUGGCUCAGGGGAUUAUCCCAGCACUAGCCGUCUGUAUCCAGAGACCAAACCUAGCGGUUGUGGAAGCUGUGGGAUUCAUUGUAGCUCAGCUGCUCCAGGCUAAAGAUGCUUCAGAGAAGAUCAUUCCCGACAAGGCCUCUGAAGCGCUUAUAAGCCAAGGAGCUGUAUCGCAGUGCAGUUCCCUGCUGAUAACACUAGGUGGUGCUGUGGCCACAGGUAACACCGAGGAAGGCAUAGAGCUGCUAAUCUGGCCAUUACUGCGCUGUGUCGGCAACCUGCUGGCAGGCAGCGCACUGGAAUGCUGCGCCUCGCAGCUGACGGACAGCCGACUGCUGGCUGCGCUCUGCAUACUGGCGCAGACCUUUCUGCAGCCGCACCCUGGCCUGGCUAGAGAGAGCCUCUGGGUCCUAAACAACUUAACAGCGGAUUCCAGUGUUUUCAGCUCUGCUGUGCUCUACCUGUCUUUGGUCCCGAGUUUGAUCCAGCUGCUGCCGUUUUCCAAGGGGAUCAAUACCAUGGUGCUGCAGGUCCUGGCUAAUGUUGCCUAUCAGGGGACAGAGUACUGCGUCCAGCUUACCCACAGUGGGCUGCUACCUGCUUUGUGUGCCACUCUCAAGAUGGCCGACCCAGCUGUGGUGACGCUUAGUCUGGAAGUGCUCUGCAUGCUGCUGGCCAGCAGCUCUCAGGCUGCAGAAGAGUUUGUGAAGCUGGGAGGCUCUGCGGCUCUGGAAGCCAUGCGAUAUAACAGCCAAGACGAGCUGCGCCUCCGAGCCUCUUACCUUCUGGAGCAUCACCUACCUGCCUAUAGCCAAUCAUAGAGGUAAAAACCCCAGCAUUGUGACAGUUCAGCAUCGGGACUGUCUCUGGUGUCAUGGGAGGAUGAAGGAUGACCAUUAUGCUGCCAGAUGUGCGAUUUUCAGAAAAGUUUUAAAUACUGGUUUUGAUAGAUUGUUUCUGUAUCUUACAGUGUGACUAAAUAAAAUAUAUAUGCAUUUCUAAUAAAUGUGUGUUUUAUUCAA